ACAAAAUCAGGCCAAUUGAAGUUGUUCGUUCAAUUGAAUCUCCUCCCAAAAUCAUUUCGCUCGCCCUAAGCUCUCUCACUCCCCUCUCUUUCUCUCUCCUCCGAUCGACGAUUCACGAUGACAAAGGAGCACGCAAACUGGUCUCCCUACGACUUCAAUGGAGGAACUUGUGUUGCAGUAGCUGGUGCAGACUACUGUGUGAUCGCUGCUGAUACUCGAAUGUCAACUGGCUACAACAUUCUCACUCGCGAUUAUUCCAAGAUUUGCAAGCUUGCUGAAAAAAGUGUGUUGGCUUCAUCCGGAUUUCAAGCUGAUGUGAGGGCCUUACAAAAGCAUUUAGAUGCAAGGCACCUGAUCUAUCAGCAUCAACAUAACAAACAGAUGAGCUGCCCUGCUAUGGCUCAGCUUCUUUCAAACACACUCUACUAUAAACGUUUCUUCCCUUACUAUGCUUUCAACGUAUUGGGUGGCCUUGACAAUGAAGGUAAGGGGUGUGUGUUUACGUAUGAUGCGGUGGGGUCAUAUGAGAAGGUUGGAUACAGUUCCCAGGGUUCUGGUGCAAAGCUUAUCAUGCCUUUCCUGGACAACCAGUUAAAGUCACCCAGUCCCCUCUUAAUACCUGCACAGGAUGCUGUGACACCGCUGUCAGAAUCAGAAGCAAUAGAUUUGGUGAGAACUGCUUUUGCAUCUGCAACUGAGAGGGACAUUUACACUGGUGACAAGCUGGAAAUACUGGUUCUGAACAAGGAAGGUCUUCGUCGUGAAUACAUGGAACUCAGGCUGGAUUAAGCUGUAUUCCAAGAAUGUCAUUAUCGCUCUUAGUAUUACAUUGAGUCUUUCCUUUGGUGACAUUGAUUCAUGGUCAGUGGAAAAAUGUUUGUAGCAGAAGAUGACGAGAAGUUUGUAACAGACACCCUCUUUUCUUGUUACCUGAAAUCGUAGAUGGAAGUAGCUUUAUCAUGAAACUAUAUGCUUCCAAUCAAAUUUAUUACCUUGUGUUUCUCUUGGGCUAGUUUCUAUCCAUUAUUUCGAAAGCAA